CCAAAGUGGGCUAUGUGAUUUCUUUACAGAGAAAUAAACAAUGACAGCAACUUUAAAACAGUCUUUAAAAACCCACUUUGGGUUUGACAGCUUUCGGUCUAAAAUACAGGAAGAUGUUGUUAAAGCAGUCAUCAGAGGUGAUAGGGAUGUGUUUGUGUGCAUGCCCACUGGAGCAGGGAAGUCGCUCUGUUACCAGCUGCCUGCAGUCCUGGCUGAGGGCAUUACUCUGGUUAUAUCCCCGCUAAUCGCUCUCAUUCAGGACCAAGUGGACCAUCUGAGGGAUCUGAACAUCCCCGCCUGCUCCAUCAACUCCAAGCUCCCAGCAGGCGAGCGCCGUCUGAUCUUGGCUGACUUGGGUAGCAGCAGCCCCAAGCUGAAGCUGCUCUACAUCACUCCAGAGAUGGUGGCGUCUCCUUCCUUCCAGCCCUGUCUGACGGGCCUGUGCUCCCGCGGCCUGCUGUCUUACCUGGCUGUGGACGAGGCUCACUGCGUCUCCCAGUGGGGACAUGAUUUCAGGCCCGACUACCUUAAACUGGGAGAGCUGCGUGGUCGCUUGCCAGGAGUUCCCUGUUUGGCCCUGACGGCGACAGCGCCCAAGAAUGUACAAGAAGACAUUGCUAAGUCCCUGAGGCUGAACUCGCCGCAGACUUUUGUAACACCUGUCUUCCGCAGUAACUUGCACUAUGAUGUGAUCUUCAGGGAGCUGCUGCCGAACCCGUACGUCCACCUCCACGCCUUCAUCCAGAAGGAACUGGGACUGAACAGCGGCUCUAGUGGAAAGGGUUGUGGGAUUGUGUACUGUCGGACCAGGGAAGGCUGUGAAACAGUGGCUCACCAGCUGACCAAGCUCGGAGUCUUGUCCAAACCGUAUCACGCAGGUCUGAAGGCAGGAGAUCGCACAGAGGUCCAGAGUGAUUGGAUGCAGGGGAAGGUGCUAGUUAUUGUAGCCACCAUCAGCUUUGGCAUGGGAGUAGACAAGGCCAAUGUCAGGUUUGUAGCUCACUGGAACCUGGCUAAGUCCCUGGCCAGUUACUACCAGGAGUCGGGGCGAGCAGGGAGAGAUGGACUGCCCUCCUCCUGUCGCACAUACUACUCCCCAAAAGAUAAGGACCAACUGAACUUCCUUAUCCGCCAGGAGGUUUCCCGCAAACAGGCAAAACGUGGCUUUGAAAAAGAGACGGACAAAUCGGCCAUUAAAGACUUUGAUGCCAUGGUGUCGUACUGUGCUCAAGAAGCUUGUCGCCAUGCAACCAUCUCCAAGUUCUUUGGGGACAAGACGCCAAACUGUGCAGGUGCCUGCGACUACUGUCGUAACCCCAAAGUGGUGCGUGCCCAGCUGGAGAGGGCGGCGACCCUCAGCACCAAGACUGAAGCUCAGAACAAGCCUAAAGGACCCUUCGGCUUCCAGCAGGACCUCUACGAAGGAGGAAGGAAGGGCUACGGCUUUGAAAGGUACGAUGAAGAGGGCGGUAGUGGUGAAGAGGACACCUCAAAGAGGAAAGCCGAGUUUUCAGACCUCUUCAAGAAGCAGAUGAACAUGCGGAAGGGAACUGAAGGUCAGAGGGCAGACUUUGUUCCCCCAGAUGCUGACUGCCCACUCAGAGAGGCCAGCAGCCAGAGGAUCCCCCGACUCACUGUGAAGGCCAGAGAGCACUGCCUCUCCCUCUUGCAGGAGGUGCUGUAUGGCCACCAGGGGGCAGGAGACGCAUUCAGGUGUGAUGCUGUGUCUUUAGCAGUGGACAUGGAACACGAGGUCUUCAAGAGCAGCAAGUCCGCCAACUUGUACAAAGCUGCUGUCCUAAAGAAGGUAUCUGAGGUCAAAAAAUCAGCACCUGGAGAAAAAGGAGAUGCUACUGCUAGCAGCAGUAGUAGUGAAUCCAGAGAAAAUGAGUCAAAACUCUCAGAGGAAGCACCCUCAUCAUCUUCUAUAUCUUCUUUUUCUGAGGACCUGCAGGGGUUUACAUCUGCAACUGAGAUCUAUUCAAUGAAGCGUAAGAGAGUAGGAGCAGGCCUCAGGGGAUCCUCCAACCCCUUCGUGACCGCUAAGGAUCUGCUGAAUAAGGGGACAGAGAGUGGAGGAUUUUACAACGACAGCUCAGGAGGCUCUGGGGACACAAACACAGAUGCUUCUUCGACUGUAACGUCGUCCAUCAAAGCCAGAGCGAACGCCGCCACCGCCGCCACCGCCACUGCCUCCCUGAGCAGCCCGACGAAGGCAGGCAGAGCCAUGAGCAAAAAGCAGCAGAAGCUAGCAGAAGCUGCGAAAAGCUCACGCAAUAUUUCCCAGUAUUUUAUGAAGAAAAAACCAACAGAGGAAAGCCAGGAGGAGGAGACGCUUAAUGGACUUGAUGCUGAGUUCUCUCACACGAUGGAGGAGGAGGCUGAAGAGAAGGACAGAGAGCAGGAGCACUCACCUGUCACUGGGGAAGAUGUGGAGAUGGAGACUCAGGACGUGAUAAUAGUAGAAAGUAAAAAAGAAACUAUAGUUGUGUCUGAUGAUGAUGAAGAGGAGGAAAUGCAUGAAACCAAAAUGAUGGAGCUGGAGCGGCUUCAGGACAGGACAGGAUCUGAAGAGUGCAUGAAACAGAACAAACCAGAGGAAGAAGCUAAAGCUAAAACACCUCCAACAGCAGCAGGGGUAAGUUUUACAGAUACAAAAGCAAACGGAGAGUCGUCCCCUCCAGCGAAGCGCAGCCGCCCUGCAGAGAGAAGAGUGACCUUUAACCCCAACGUGCAGGAAAGGGCCCUGCUGCCCAUCGCUGAGCCGCCCAAACCUGUGACUCUGAAGGAAGCAGCUGAUAUUGUGGUGCGCUACCUGGACCCCUUCUACUCUAAGGGGAAGUUUGCCACCAAGGAGCUGUUUAAGUCCUUUGCCCGCUACUUGUCUCACCUUCUUGCUGAGGGGAGGAGUCAGGGGGCAAACCAAGUUAAAGCAGAAGCCAAAGCUCUCAUCAAGAAGUUCUUCAGCAGCGUGAAGCGCUGUGAGAGCGAGGCCGACUGGAAGCACCUUAAAAGACCGCACAGCUGUAAAACAACCGAGAACCAGGAAUGACAGGAAGUUGACGUGUAGCCAUUUUUAGGGUUGAACCCUUCCUCUUUUGUCAGUGCCUACGCUUCUCUCGUCUCAGUGAACUCAGGCUUCACCGCAGACGCCCGCCUGCUGACCAGGUUUAUGGUUAAUUUGCUGCUAGAGUUCUGCUUUUUACAGGCUCGCUGCUGCUGCAGUAACUCAUGUCAAUAAUGAAGCAAUAACACAAACGCUGUUACAGCCUGAGAGAGGAGAGGUAAAACAGUGUGCACACUGGUAUUACUAAGUGUUUAUGUCUCAGCCCAUUAACUGAAAAAAUGUGUAUUUUACAUUUCUGAUGAGUAUAUGAUUUAUUUUAGUAUACUACAAGCGGCAAUUGGUCUUCAAUUUUACUCCAUAAUGGCACUUUUGUGAUACAGCACUCUAGCUUUUUUUUCUCAAGCUAAUGACACUUAAAUCUUGAUUUGAUUUGAGCUGAAAUGAAUGGAAAUCAAAAGCAUCUUUGGAUAAACAAGACUCUACAGUCAUGCUAGCAGCUCUAUAGGGCUGUCUGUACUCAGCACAAUAUGGGUGUAUAAUAAGAACAGGAUAGGCCAAUUUUUCCCACUGGCCACUCAUAGUAUUACAGCAAGGAUCCCCCUCAAAAG